AUGUGUGAUGCCCUCUGCUUGCAUUCAUUGCAUCCCCCUCAGGAAAGCGACGAUGAAGACGUCGGCGACGCCGCUCGCAUGGCAGGAGCGGGGGUUGGAGAGCGACCGGGGGGGGGUGCCGCGGGUGCGAAGGGAGACGGGGUGGGCCACACGGCAAUGGUGGCGGACAUCCUGAAGGAGAAGGAGAAGGCGGAGAUGCGAGCCAAGGAGGCUGACGCGGAUUCUAAGGGGAGAGGGGACGGCCAGGUGUCGAUUUUUGUUCGCGGCACUGCUGCCAACGGGUUAGACAUUCGAUCUUCGGAAUGGGGGUCCAAGCUCGCUGGCGGGGGCGGCGGUGGUAGUGGAUACGGAGACGCAGAUGUUGCCAAGUUGAAGGAUGCUAUACAGACGCUCUGUCAGAGCACCCACCCACUAGGCAAGUGCAUGGACUUCGUUCACGAGGACCUGUCCCUCAUGUCUCAGGAGAUGGAUCGCUGGAGAGCUCUGUACAAGGUCAAGGCGGAUGCUCUUGAGUCCGAACGCGCAGCAACGGAGGCGUUUCUGCAGCCCUUGCAGUCACAGCUCAGAGAUCUCGAGGAUCAGCUGAAGGAGUCGUCGAUGAAGAUCGCCGGAGUGAAGGCGGGAAUCUCGGCCAACGACAAGAAGAUCAACAGCUUGCUCAAGAUGAUGGUCACCUCUUAGACUCUAGACAAUUUAGCAGAGACCCAAGAGCGAAAGUCAACAGUUUGUUCAAGAUAGUGGUUGCCACACUUCAUAGUCUUGCGGAGGAAGAAGGAGAAGCAGAAGAAGAAGUGAACAGCAGUCAGUCGUCUACUCGAUCGGAUGAAGGCCCCACGUGCUAGUACCCCUUCUAGAGAUGGUGCGUGUGUGUAGUGUGUUGGUGCAAGUGUUAUUGAAACGAGAGCCUCAAACAGGACGCAUAAAUGGGUGUAGGUCUAGUGUACGAAGUUUCUCGACAAAUGUUCGGGCAGUUUUGAGAAACACGUACAGUAUCUGUUAUCACCACUGGACCUACGCCCUUACCUCGAGGGAGGGGGAAACUCAAUCGCUCACUCGCUUGUGGCCUAUGGUGUUAUCACGACAAGGACAACGUAGGAGGGAGAGCCACAAAGAUCGUCGUGGCUAUCGACGUGUACGUAACGUCGGUGGUUGAUGACGUAGCUUGAGCGGUGAUUCGAUCCUUGUACGAGUGGGAGGUGUUUCGUUGCGGCAGACUAGACAUCGGAACAGCUUGUUCCCAAGCAGUCCCUGUUGCGCAGCAAGCAGUCGUACACGAGG